CUUCUUCCGCGGCAGCUGCGGGGCCUCAUGGAAGGCCGGGAGGACUGCAGAGGGGGCGCAGCAGCGCGGGGCCCGGAGGGGCGGCCGGCGCCGGAAGCCAGGGUGCACUUCCGCGUGGCGAGGUUCAUCAUGGAGGCAGGUGUCAAGCUAGGGAUCUGGUCCAUUCCCAUUGCCACUGCUUGCACCAUUUACCGUAAGUUUUUCUGCGAGACCAAUCUGGAUGCCUGUGACCCUUACCUGAUUGCCAUGUCUUCCAUUUACUUGGCCGGCAAAGUGGAAGAGCAGCGCCUGCGGACUCGUGACAUCAUCAAUGUGUCCAACAGGUACUUCAACCCAAGCGGUGAGCCCCUGGAAUUGGACUCCCGCUUCUGGGAGCUCCGGGACAGCAUUGUGCAGUGUGAGUUUCUCAUACUGAGAAGUAUGCGCUUCCAGGUCUUCCAGCAUCCACACAAGUACCUGCUCCACUACCUGGUUUCCCUCAGGAAUUGGCUGAACCACCACAGCUGGCAGCGGACCCCCGUUUCUGUCACCGUCUGGGCCCUGCUGCGGGACAGAUACCACCGGGGGCUGUGCCUCCGCUUCCAGGCCCAGCACAUCGCCGUGGCCGUGCUCUACCUGGCCCUGCAGGUCCACGGAGUCGAGGUGCCCGCCAAGGUCGAGGCUGAGAAGCCGUGGUGGCAGAUUUAUACCAUAAACACAGAGAUUCCCCUAAGGCCCUGGCCAGGCCUGCCCAAAGAGAAGCCCAGGAUGGUCAGCUGCCUGGGGACACUGCCACCACAUCGCCAUGAUGGCUGGUCCCCAGAGGACCAGCUGGGAGGACUGGUUGUGCUGCUGGAGAAGGGCUGGUGAAGGCGAUGACGUGCUGCCGCUUUGACCGUCCGUAGCAGUCGCGGUCCAGAUGAUAAUGGGAGCUGCGCCUCCAGCGGGCAGGCCGGGAGCACACUGGGUGCAGCUGACCCAAGGCAGCCUCAUCUGCCUUUGUCCUUUGAGAGGACCCUGAAUACAAUAGAGGCAUGAUGCCAAUAAAAGGAAAAUCAUGACAUCGACCACACUGAAUCCCUAGGAAUUUUUUUAAGCCAGA